GGCAUCUAAUCGGUCAGUGUGUACAGAACUUUCAUAAAGAAUAAAGGUAUUCAGUUUUGGAUACGAAAAAAAAAAAUACAUACAUGGGUAGUAUGCAAUUGGCUCGACCCAAAUUCGCGAGUAAAACCAGAACGUUAUCAGCUGUUACGAGGAACACGUCAUGCAGUCGCGGAUGGCUUCGUGUGGUGAUGCAAACAAUAUUCGCCGUAAUCACAGUGACUAGUUUCAUCUUAAUAGUCUUAAUGGCAAUACACAACUCCUCACUGUUCCCUGUCGGACGACCAGCCAUCAACUCUCGAUGCCAAAUCCAGAAUUGCAGAGUGGUCUGUAGAGAUGUAACGUAUCUCGUUGAUUAUGGAGACUUGAUUGUUUCAGCGGUGGCAGAAGCCGAGACGAGGUGCUCGAGAAUUAUUUUGGUGAUCAAGAAUUUCAUUUUUCGAAACGCAACUAUGCCCGAGAACUGGUUGUCAAAUAUACGAUCAAAUAUUCAAGAGAUAGCUAUAAUAAGAGGAAACCUCAUGCGCAUCCCGGCAGAUGCAUUCCGAAGCCACUUCGCUAGGAACAUAAGCACUAUUAUACUACAAAGCUUAACGCUAAGAGCAUGGGAAGACGGCAGUCUUGUCGGCUUAGCUAAUUUAGACAAACUGUAUAUCAGGGAUUGUAACAUCAUAGACAUACAACCGAGGGUAUUGAGCGAUGUGGCUCACUCGUUGCAAACGCUUACCAUAACUCAAAGUGGUUUUUGGCAUCCGAACACCAUCACGGGAAAAGAGAACUUGCCUAAAUUAGGUAUAGUAGAUUUUUCUUUUAACCAUUUCAAGGAUGUGUUGAAUAGUAAUAGCUUCAUUGGGCUCGGUAACUGCAGAGUGUUGUACCUAAAUUAUUGUAAAAUCACAAGCAUCGGACCUAACACAUUCGAUCGUUUGUUGAGCAUUGAAUAUAUUUAUCUAAAUAAUAACUAUCUUGUUACUCUACCGACGCAGCUGUUCGAUUCAAUCCUGCAAGUACGACCAAACAUGCGAGUCAAUUUACAGAACAACCAUUGGUACUGUUCUUGUACGAACAAAGACUUAAUGUCGUUGACCAGAAGCGACGUUUUAACAGGCGAUCCAAUUUGUGACCAUCCCUACGAAAUACGCGGCGUAACAUUUUCAGAGUUUUAUGAAAGCUGCCCUGGUCUGGAAGAAGUUCGCAGUUACGAUAUGACCUACUCGAACAGCUCCGUCGUUCACUACACUGUUGCUUAUGUGAAUGGAUCGUGUUACGAUGAUACAAACACACCAAACAACAUUUCAUUAAGAAUCAUUAAUUCUUCAGCGAACGGUCCUACUUGUUUUUCGAAUGUCUUCAAAGAUUUCAGUUAUUUUAAUUCGAAUCCGAUUAACGUAAUCCGUAAUGAGAAUAAAAACGAUUGGUUGAAGCUAACGUUUUUCGUAAAAUCAGAACAAUAUUCGAUAGUCGAAAUCGAUUCUUCGCGUGUCACAGGGUAUGGUCUGUUAUGGUUUCAGUCGACGUGCCCGAACGAAGCGUAUUGUCUGAAUGUCUUACCGAAUUUCUUACGCGUCUAUAAUAUUAACUUCACUGCCCGUUAUACUUUUUGCCCAAUACAAAUUAACAACGCUGCUGUCGAAGUCGAAGACUGUUUGACAUACGAUCUAUCAACGUACGCUAUUGAAACUCGUCAUGAUGAAGUACAAAUUUUAUUUUACGCUCUAACCGGAGUGAUUUGUUUGAUAUUUGGUGCACUUUGUGUGUACGCAAUGAUACGUAAAAACCCUAUACUUUUGAAGGGCAGUAAGCGAAUUCUGUUCGUCAAACAUAAAACUGUUGACGCCCUGGUUUUGCCUCCAAAAAUAUCUUUGAGGGAUUGCCAUAGACCUGUGGAGCAACACAAUCAAACUUUCAAUGAUAAAAUUUUUACCGUCUGUAGUACGGAAUGUAAUAAAUACGAUACACUGAGAUCUUAUAGAAGCAGUAUAAGUAGUACUCCUAGUUACGUAUCGGCGCUCGAACCUACCGAGGAUCAAUUAGCAAAUUGGCGUAUCGCUCAUCAUUUUAAUGACGAUCUGAGUGUGAGUUCGAAUUCUUCAUUAGCCACUGGCUUAUCCAGCGACUCUCUGUGUUAUUAUUCACUAGAUUCCGUUUGAGGCAUUUUUGAAGAGCAUUUUAAGAAAAUUAUAUAAAACAAUAAUCAUAAUAUAAACAACGAAAAAAGGAAAGGUACAAGCUAUUUUUGGAACGAAGUUCCUUAUGGGACGAUGCGGAGGGGUACCCUAACCGGGAAAAAACGUCCGUAACGUAAGAUUUUUAUUAGUAAUGCACACAGUGUACGACUUAACUUUGUAAUAACGUACAAAAAAUAACAUAUUUUUUUAUCAAUUAUUGACCACGAUCUCAGAGCGUUCGUUUGCGCAAUACACUAACUCUUAUGCAAACAACCGUGAACGAAGUGUACCACAAUAAGUUCGCACGUUACCGAAUGACCGUGGGUUGUUGCGAAACUUCCAGUUUUAUUUUCUUUAUAUCUCGAAUAGAACUUAAAACUAAUAUUUUUAUAAUAAGGAACUUCGUUCCUAUCCGGUGUCCCACGACACCACACAUCCUUUUUUUUUUAAUUUGUCUAAUAGCUUGUCACUUGGCGGCAAGUAUUUUCACGACAUUCCAACACGUGUCUCGUUUAACAAUUUAUCUAUCGGCAACAAUUCGAUCGUGAUAUUAAUUCGCGCCGAACUGAUUUAUCGGAGCCGUCUGCGGUUAGAGUGAAGAGACGUCGGUCCAAAUUUGUCAUUGUCACCGCAAUGAUUCAGUCUCAUAUAGUUGUUUUUGAUUACAAGCCGACUGACGGACGUGCAUUGUCUCUGCCAUUGGCUAAUUUCGUUUCUGCUCGUAUUUAAAUCGACUGUAGAAUGAAUAAAAUCGAUUAGUGUUAAAGUCUAUAGUCAAAUAAAACGUUUAUUUUAUUGUAUGUUGCAUUUGUUUAGUAUCUGAUGGGAGUGUUGGCGUCUUUUGUUUGUAUUUUAUUUGUGUGUAUAAUAAAUCAGCGUAUAAGAA